GAGCAUCUCCAUGCACCUCACACACAUUCAAAUUUGAGCAAAUCAACGCUAAUCAUACACUUGUUGUGAAAAGACUUGCAAAGAUGCCGUGUCUUACUUUAGCUCGUACGCAGAGGAUACCGAGUGACUUUGAGUCAGUACUGGAGAGAAUUAUCAUGGUGGAACAAAUUUUGUCCGAAUUUCUGUUGAGUAAAGAAGAUCUAGAGGAAGUGAUGAGGAGAAUGCGGAGAGAGAUGGAGAGGGGACUGCGAGUGGAGACACACAAUGAAGCCAGCAUCAAAAUGCUGCCCACUUAUGUCCGCUCCACACCUGAAGGCUCUGAGGUUGGUGAUUUCUUGGCACUGGAUCUUGGAGGGACAAAUUUUCGAGUGAUGCUGGUGAAAGUGGGUGAGGAUGAAGAGCGCGGCUGGAAGGUGGAGACGAAGCAUCACAUGUACUCCAUUCCUGAAGACACCAUGACUGGCACAGCUGAAAUGUUGUUUGAUUAUAUCGCCGGCUGCAUAUCUGACUUCCUGGACAAACAUAAUCUGAAACAUAAGAAGCUUCCACUGGGAUUCACCUUCUCUUUUCCAGUCCGUCAUGAGGAUUUGGACAAGGGCAUUCUGCUUAACUGGACUAAAGGCUUCAAGGCCUCUGGCGCUGAGGGAAAUAAUGUUGUGGGUCUACUGAGAGACGCCAUUAAAAGAAGAGGGGACUUUGAAAUGGAUGUGGUUGCCAUGGUGAAUGACACAGUAGCCACCAUGAUCUCCUGCUACUAUGAAGACCACAGCUGUGAAGUUGGCAUGAUAGUAGGCACCGGCUGUAAUGCGUGUUAUAUGGAGGAGAUGCGUAAGGUGGAGCUGGUGGAGGGAGAGGAGGGGAGGAUGUGUGUGAACACAGAGUGGGGAGCGUUUGGGGACAAUGGUGAACUGGAGGAUUUCCGGCUGGAGUACGAUCGAGUUAUUGAUGAGACAUCACUAAACCCUGGACAUCAGCUGUAUGAGAAGCUGAUUGGUGGGAAGUAUAUGGGGGAGCUUGUGCGUCUUGUGCUGCUGAAACUAGUGAAUGAAAACCUGCUGUUUAACGGCGACGCCUCAGACCUACUGAAAACACGAGGAGCUUUUGAAACUCGCUUUGUCUCCCAGAUUGAGAGUGACACAGGGGACAGAAAGCAGAUCUACAACAUCCUAAGCACACUGGGAAUCUUGCCAUCGGAGCUGGACUGUGACAUUGUGCGUCUGGUCUGCAAGAGCGUGUCUACGAGAGCCGCUCACAUGUGCGGGGCCGGCCUCGCUGGCGUCAUCAACCUAAUGAGAGAACGCCGCUGUCAAGAGCAACUGAAGAUCACUGUGGGAGUCGAUGGCUCUGUCUACAAACUACACCCUCAUUUCAAGGAGCGGUUCCAUAAGCUUGUGUGGGAAAUGAAUCCUGACUGCGAAAUCACCUUCAUCCAAUCAGAAGAAGGGAGCGGUCGGGGCGCGGCUCUCAUUUCUGCUGUGGCGUGCAAGAUGGCUGCCUGCAUGCUGACACCGUGAUAAACCACGAUUCGGCUUCGUCAGGUGGAUCUCGUGAAUCACAGCUGACCCGCAAUGUUCGAGCGGCCUCUCAAAGCCUCUCCAUAUGGUGAAAGUGCUUUUCUCCUUUUCAGCAUUGCAUUGCGUUUGUGAAGUGGCCGGCUACUGGGUUGUUUGGCAACAUCUAUUAACCACAUGCAUACAGCCCACUGAAAUAUUUAACAUAUGUAUUAAUUUAAGUCAGAUGUUUGCAGUUAAAUAUGCUUUUAGACACAACAUACAUCUUUUCUUGUUAGCUAUUGUCCUGAGCACAUUCAGGUAGUGUUACAUAUACUUGCACCUUCAUGACUGUUUGGAGGUUAGGAGAGAUGUGGAGUAAAUAUAUGAACAGGUCAGGUUCAGCAAGGUAAUUGUGCACUGUUUAUUGCUUGUUUUAUUUAUUGACUUUUAAAUUAUGUUUAUAUUCAGUGGUAAUCAGAACUGUUAAAUUAUUUAAUGCAGGAUUUGAAUAUUCUUUGUAUACGUGAUUCAUUGUUGUAAAUAAAGCUGCUGUACUAUUUGA